AUGUUAUCAAGGUGUUAUGGUAGUACGCAAGCUGGGAAGGUAGACGAUUUUGUACAUAUGGCUAGAAGUUGGGUGAAUUCUGGUAGACCAACAACUGUGAAGGCAACUGAAAAUGUAGUCAAGCAACAAACUUUUCAAGUCAAACCGAAUUUCCUACCUAAGUCCAGUACGAAUUCUUUUCCUUCGAGAACUCAGUCUACUCCUAAUGAUGCAUUCAGACCGAAGACCAGCUUAGUUAAUGUACUAUGUACACUGUGCUCUCCCAAUAGAUUUGAAGUGCAUGCCAGAUAUCAUGUUGGAUUAACACAGCUAUUCAAGUCUAUGGAUUCUAAACAGUAUGAUUCUCAGACAAGGAGAUGGUCAUUUGACUUAUCAGAAUAUAAUGAAUUCGUGAAAAAGGUCAAUGAUAUUGAUGAAUUACACUUGGAAGAACUUCCAUAUGCUGUUCUUAAAAUAUUUCGUAGACGAAUUUCAAUGAAUUUUGGAGCAGAUGACUUGAAAGAUAAUGAGAACAAUGAUGAAAUCGAUCAUUGUACACUGAAGGAUAGAAUACCAGAUGAUCUAUUGUCAACAUUAUUUCCAUUUCAGAAAGAUGGUGUAUGUUUAGCUUUGAAGCGAUCCGGUCGUGUUUUACUGGCAGAUGAUAUGGGUUUAGGCAAAACCAUUCAAUCGUUAGCUAUUGCAUCAGCUUAUUAUUCUGAAUGGCCAUUAUUAAUUAUUACACCAUCAUCUGUUAGAUUUUCAUGGAGAGAUCAAAUUAUUCGUUGGCUUGGCAAACCACUUAAUUUAAAUUUAACACAUAUAACAGUUGUUAAUUCAGGUAAAGAUAUUAUGGAUGAUUGGGAUUCGUUUAAUUCAUCACCAAUCACUAUAAUUAGUUAUGAUUUGAUGAGUCGUUAUGGCAAAGAAUUAUUGAAACGGCGGUAUGGUGUUGUUAUUGCGGAUGAAUCUCAUUUCAUAAAAAAUAUUAAAGCUGCUAGGACUAAAGCUGCGACUCCAAUUCUUAAGUUUUUACUUUGGGAUUAUGGAAGUGAAAUGUCCAUUAAUCAGUCAUAGAGUUUAGGAUAAAAAUGUGUUUCAUCUCAAGUUAUUGUGCCAGAUCAGCAUAUUGAGAUAAAAUAAACGAGUUAAUUAACAUAGGAGAUUUAAAUAAUAGUAUGAAAGAAUAUCGUUCAAUAAGAAUGGGAUAGAUUUAAGGAAUGAAAUAUACAAAAUACUAUUGAAGCUAAAAGUUGAAGGUAUAGAGUGAUGUAUUCUCGUGUAGAGUACUCCAGUCUCGUUCUAUUGUUGAAUUUAAUGCUUCCUGGAAAUUACUUUUGGUUUAUUUGAUAAUUGAUAGUUGUGGGAACAGGCGAUCAGCCAAGAAUCUGUGUUCUUCACCAUUAUUCAAAGAAUAUUUACACAAUUGAGUAGAUUAAUUAUUCAUCUUAGAUAUGAAACCUUUUGAUAAGCUGGAUGUGAUAUAAUUGAUGGUUUUAAAAUAUGUUUCAUUUCUUUCAGGUAUACUACAGUAAUACGUUAAUACGAUAAUCAUACUAGUCACGCUAAUAUUGGAUCCAGGAUUCACAACCCAGAAUAGAAAACAAGAGUAUAGACUAGAUAAUGCUUUAUUCCACACGAUUAGAAGCAGCCAAUCUCAGUAACAUUCUAAACGAGACACGUUGUUGAAGUCAAUAAUGCACCUAGUCUGUCUCAUUCUAGAUAUCCUUGUCCGAGUUAGAAGAACAAACGUUUUCAUACCAGUGUUUUGUGUACAUAUUUAUUCGGUUAUGCCAAUUAUAAGUUCCCCAUCACUUCCUCAGUCUUCUUACUUAUAUGUGUACUGAACAUCACAGGCUGUAAAACUCACACUGUUUUGCAGUAGAUGUUACGACUCGGAUGUUUGGUAAUAUUUAGUCAUUCACUAAAUUCCAAUGGUGAGAUCCGAUGUUUCUGUAAUGAUGCACACCGUUUAUUAUAUUUUCCGAGUUGCUUUCAAAUGAUAAGAUGGAAAGAAAAGUCAAUUUUCGAUUGAUUUACUCAUUAUGAGGUUUGGUUCAAGAUUAAUUCCGUUUCGAUUGAAUGUAAUGAUUACUCAAUGUAGUAUUUGUUUUGUUUUCCCAGUGUGAUAUUUUAUUCUGUAUAAUAUGCGAUAUUCU